GAGAGAUUGAGUCGAAUUCCUUCACCUAGAAUAGCAGCACAGGACAGGAGCACAAAUCACUCUGCCUUCAGAUCACAAAUGUCAAAGCAAGAAACAUCGCGAGAGUGCAGAUCCUGGACGCGCAUGCGUGUUUCUGACAGUGGAAGUGUUUUGGUGCUACACGGCGCGAAAUUCAGAAGCUGUUUCUUGGAGACAGGACUCGGAGUCCGAGUAGUAAAUAAAGGAGCUGAGGUGAAAAUCACAUCACUGAUGUUUAGUUUUGCUUUAUUUGAGGACUCUGGUUUGUCCGAAGAAGGCACAAGAUGAAUGGACAGGGAACUGGAAAAAGUUCUUGGAGGGGUGGAGGCAGUUCUGGUUCAUGGAGAGGUGGAGGCAGUUCCGGUUCAUGGAGGGGUGGAAGCAGUUCUGGUUCAUGGAGGGGUGGAAAGGGCCCAGAUCAAGGUGGAGGGGCUGGAUGGCGAGGAGGUGGCUGGAACGGAGGACGAGGUAGAGGCUGGAGGGGUCGUCCUUGGGGAAGAGGAGGAAGCAGUCACUCACACAAUACACAGCGUGGUGCGGAAUAUGCUUCAUCGGUUCCUCGUGUAACGCAGGCCACACUUGAUAUUACAUGUCCUUACAAGGGAUGGAGGCUCUACUUUUCUGAGGGUUUUGUCGAAUCUACACCUUAUGUUGAGAAGAUAAAGACAUUUGAGCAAUACUUCACAUCGCAGAUUGAUCUUUAUGACAAGGAUGAAAUUGAAAGGAAAGGAAGCAUCCUGGUGGACUACAAAGACCUUCUCUUAAACAAACAGAUAUCUGCUGCUUUACCUGAUCUUGCUCGUGAGCUCAGAGACAUGCCUGAUAAGAUACUGGACUGUCUAGGCUUAGCUAUUCAUCAGGUGUUGACAAAGGAUCUGGAAAGGCAUGCUGAUGAACUACAAGUUCAGGAGGGGCUACCCACAGAGGACACGCCCAUUAUCAACAUCCCACACAUAAGUGCUAGGAUUUAUAACUAUGAGCCAUUAACACCACUGAAGAUGCUGAGAGCCAACAUAUAUGGCAAAUUUGUGGCUAUUAGAGGGACUGUGGUGAGAGUGAGCAACAUCAAACCUCUCUGCAGUAAGAUGGCUUUUAUCUGUAAUAGCUGUGGAGACACUCAGAGUCUGGAUCUGCCUGAUGGGAAAUACACUACACCCUCUAAGUGUCCACAAAAAGAAUGCCGUGGUCGAAUCUUUACGCCUAACAGAAGUUCUCCCCUAACACUCACUGUUGACUGGCAGACCAUAAAGGUUCAGGAGCUAAUAUCAGAUGACCAGCGUGAGUCGGGACGUAUUCCUCGAACUAUCGAGUGUGAACUCACUCAGGACCUGGUGGACAGCUGUGUACCCGGAGACAUGGUCACCAUUACAGGAAUUAUUAAAGUGUCCAAUGAGGAAGGGAGUGGAAGAAAUAAAAAGGACAAGUGCAUGUUCCUGCUGUAUAUCAAUGCAAACUCGGUCAGUAACUCAAAAGGGCAAAAAAGCAAGUCUGCUUCUGAACCAGAAAGCCAGGGGGCAUCAGUAGAGUUUUCGCUCAAAGACCUGUAUGGCAUCCAGGAGAUUCAAGCACAAGAGGACCUUUUCAAAUUAAUUGUAAACUCUCUCUGCCCAGCCAUCUAUGGUCAUUUGCUUGUUAAAGCAGGAUUAGCUCUGGCUUUAUUUGGAGGCUGCCAGAAAUAUGUGGAUGAUAAGAACCGAAUCCCCAUAAGAGGAGACCCACACGUGCUUGUUGUUGGAGAUCCUGGACUUGGAAAAAGUCAGAUGUUACAGGCAGUCUGUAACGUUUCUCCACGUGGCAUCUAUGUGUGUGGAAACACUACCACCUCCUCAGGAUUGACGGUCUCUCUAUCCAGGGACAGUGGUUCUGGAGACUAUGCCCUAGAGGCUGGAGCUUUAGUUCUGGGUGAUCAAGGGAUCUGUUGCAUUGAUGAAUUUGAUAAAAUGGGGAAUCAGCAUCAGGCUUUGUUGGAAGCUAUGGAACAGCAGAGCAUAAGCUUGGCAAAAGCUGGCAUUGUGUGCACCCUUCCAGCUCGAACCUCCAUCAUUGCAGCGGCUAACCCAGUGGGAGGCCAUUACAAUAAGGGGAAGACAGUAUCUGAGAAUCUUAAAAUGGGCAGUGCCUUACUGUCGAGAUUUGAUUUGGUUUUCAUCCUUCUGGACACUCCAAACGAGGACCAUGACCACAUGCUGUCAGAACACAUCAUGGCUAUGCGUGCAGGCAAAAAAGGCAUGGUUAGCAGUGCUGCAGUUGCCAGGAACUGCACUCAGGAGUCCAACAUAUCUAUUCUGGAGAUUUCAUCAGACCAGCCUCUUUCAGACAGACUUAAGGUGCUUCCUGGGGAGAAUUUUGACCCAAUUCCCCACCAGCUGCUGCGCAAGUAUGUGGGUUAUGCCCGACACUACGUGCACCCUAAUCUCUCAGCUGAAGCUGCACAGGUCCUUCAGGAUUUCUACCUGGAGCUACGCAAGCAGAACCAAUCAGCUGAUAGCACCCCCAUUACAACACGCCAGUUGGAAUCUCUCAUCCGCCUCACUGAGGCAAGAGCACGCCUUGAGCUCAGAGAGAAAGCUACUGAGAGUGAUGCAGAAGAUGUGGUGGACAUAAUGAAACACAGUUUGGCAGAUACCUACUCAGAUGAAUUUGGCCGGCUGGAUUUUAAUCGAUCUCAGCUUGGGUCUGGGAUGAGCAACAGAUCAAAAGUCAAGAAGUUUGUUGUGGCAUUAAACCAAAUUGCUGAGCGUAGUCACAGGACGUUGUUUGACUUACCAGAGCUGCGACAACUGGCAAAAGAGCUCCAAAUUCAGGUGGUUGAUUUUGAGGGCUUCAUCAGCGCACUCAAUGAACAAGGUUACCUGCUAAAAAAAGGACAUAAAAAAUAUCAGCUCCAAACUAUUUGAAUAAAAUGUUUAGUGCUGCUUUUAUCCACUAUUGUUCUGUGUGGAUAAUGCUUUUAUAAUAUACAAAUUAGUUAUAUACUUUAUUAUUUUCUAUAAUGAGCUUAUGAUAUGUAUGUUUAUAUUCAAGUUAUUUAUUGUAUCUUCAAAUACUUUUUCAAAUACUUUUUAUUAUGGAAAUAUGUAUUUUCUUUAUUUUUUGGUUUAAAAAAAGUAAAAAUUUACAAAUUGAAUAUCAGCCUGGAAUUUAGUAUUAAAGUGCUAAAUCCCA